CUGCUCUGCAGUCCGGUCCUGUAUGCUGUAUGUCCGCAGUCUCUGGUCAUCCCCUGUACUGUGUCGGCAGUCUCUGGUCAUCCCCUGGACUGUGUCCGCAGUCUCUGGUCAUCCCCUGGACUGUAUCGGCUGUCUCUGGUCAUCUCCUGUACUGUGUCCGCAGUCUCUGGUCUGGUCAUCCCCUGUACUGUGUCCGCAGUCUCUGGUCAUUCCCUGUACUGUGUCCGCAGUCUCUGGUCAUCCCCUGGACUGUGUCCGCAGUCCCUGGUCAUCUCCCGUAGUACACCUGCAGUCUCUGGUCAUCUCCUGUAGUACGUCCGCCGCAGUCUCUGGUCAUCCCCUGGACUGUGUCCGCAGUCUCUGGUCAUCCCCUGGACUGUAUCCGCAGUCUCUGGUCAUCCCCUGUACUGUGUUUGCAGUCUCUGGUCAUCUCCUGUACUACGUCCGCAGUCUCUGGUCAUCUCCUGUACUACGUCCGCAGUCUCUGGUCAUAUCCUGUAGUACGUCCGCAGUCUCUGGUCAUCUCCUGUACUACGGCCGCAGUCUCUAGUCAUCUCCUGUACUACGUCCGCAGUCUCUGGUCAUCUCCUGUAGUACGUCCACAGUCUCUGGUCAUCUCCUG